AUGGCAGAUGAUGAUAAUAUAUCAGAAAAAAUUCUGGAAGGAAUAUCUGAAUCUUUUGCUGUAAAGGAUGGUCGCGGUUACCAGAAAAAGAAGGAUCUGUUUCCAUCUCUAAGUGACCCGAUAUACAAGCUGAAGAAAAUUGGAGAAAAUGGUGACAGGCACAAGCAACUGGAGAAGACGAACAUAAAUCUGGUUAAAGACUUUUUGUGGUUCUACAAUAAGGAUACAAACAAUCUGCGUGAAGCUUGUCAAAAUAUCCCAGACCAUGAUUGGAACAUCAUAGUUGGACAUGCUCUUAGUUGUAAACCAGGACCUGAACGUUAUUCAUACCGCAUUCCUGGAACGGACACUACAAUUUUCUUCACCUCACUAUACCAAAUUGUUGGUGCAGAAUUCAGUGGUAAAUACACUUCUUAA